UAUCUGUUGCCUCGCAGCGGCUGGGUGUCGAUCGGCAGCGAUGCUCAGGCGCAGGAGAGGGGCCCGUGCCAUGGAGUGCUCUGGUACCACCUCCUCUAGCUCCUCCUCCUCCUCCUCUGGCACCGCCUUUCCGAUUCCGAGGCCCUAAGCCCCGCCCCCGACAGGGGCAUGGCCAGGGAUCGACUGUGGAACGGCCUGGCACUGAGAGGGUGUCUCCUCGUCGGUGCCCUCUGCUUUGCCCUCCACAUCUACCUGGAUUUCGGGAGGAGGGCACGGCCCCCUCUACAGGGUGGUGUAGGGUCAGGUCCCACUGGUAGGAGUGCACGGGGGGUACGGCAGGGGACCAGCAGGAGAACCGGGGAUGCCAAGAGAGGUGAAGACGAACCCAUCACCCACUGGGGCCCAGCUCUGCAGCCCCACAAGAAGACGGUCCGUUGGCACAUCGACCUACAGCCCUGGGCCGGUCCUCUGCACAGCUUGGAGGAUGAAGCCAUGCGGUUCCUUACAUACAUAAAGACCCCACAGGUGCGCUGUGCCCCUCCUGCAGGAGGAGCUCUGGCUGACGACCUACAGGGUUUAGCGGGACCUUGGCAAGUGUGUCUGGACGAGCGCUACGGCCUGUCCCAGCGCAUUGGGAACAAGCAGUGCCGCGUCUACUCCUUGGGCCUGGGAAUGGAUGCCAGAGCUCUGGAGCUGAGCCUGGCGCGGGUCGGGUGCGAGGUGCACCGCUUCGACCCCAGCGGCUCGCAAGCCCACCUGCAUGACUCGGCCAUGUGGCACCACAGCUUGUCAGUGGGCUGGAGGGAUCCGAACCCCGCCGUGCCACAGCUUCGACGGCGAGGCACCACCAAGAAGCUGGCAACCAUCCUCAGUGAAUUCGGUCACAGGAAGAUCGAUGUGCUGAAGGCUGAUAUGGAGAGUGCCGAGUGGAAGAUCCUGGAGAACCUGAUCCUGGAGGACGUCCUGGAGCACAUCGGGCAGCUUCUGGUGGAGAUCCACCUGCACUGGGCCGGGUUCGAGGUGGGCGGGGACGAUGCGGCGGUGGUGCGUUAUUGGUACAGCCUGCUGAAGGAGCUGGAGCGAAGCCACUUCCGACUGUUCUACAGCCACGCGUACAGCGGCAGGCCCCGCCUCUUCCUGCACAGGAACCUCUUCAACACUACUAGCGCCUACACUCUGGGCUGGGUCAACUCCAAGUGGAGGCCACGCUGAAGGAGAACAUACAGAUUG